GUCUGAUGAAAUAUCAUACUUUUGUCUCUGGGCUCAGGGGUUGAAUGGAAGUGGUGGAGAUAAUGGACAGCAGCGAAUCACCGACCACUGUUGCGCCGCUUACACUUACCUUACAUGUUUUUUUAAAAUUUUCAUUAACAUUGGGAGGGUAAACUGUAGACCUUUGUGAGGGAGCUGCCAAGAUGAUUACAUGUUCGUCUAGAAUCACAGUUGGUUAUUUAUUUUGGCUCAUGCGCACUGUGGUUCAUACGAAUUAAUGGGAAAUCGAUACAACAGAACUCACAGCUUUGAUCAGUUCGAUGGAAGUAACUCCAAUAGGUGCGCGUCGAAUAAAAUGUGCGUGGGAGAUUUCAGAAUGAAGCCAACUGCUUUAAAAAGAGCUCUUGUAUUUUCAUAAUGGGCGAAGCGCUUUGUGAUCAAAGCCACCGUGGAUCUACUUCAGUUCAUGCGUGCAGUCUUUUAUGAGUAUUGAUAUCUUCAAGAAUUGUUAUAUUGAUUGGAAUCCUUCAGUUUUCUGUUUGUGGAAGACGUUGUGUGGACUGAUACCGCGCUGCUCGUUAUUACAGAAAGAGCUGUGUAAUAAAAUGGGUAUACGUUCAUAGAAGGAAAAGAGCAGUGGAGAAUUUUAUAUACUUAGUUAACUUAACUUUACUUUUAUCUGGUAGAACGUUUUACUUAGGUUUGUACAACCGUGCUAAACAAAACAGGGCUAAACAGUCGAAGAGGAAGUUAACCGCAAGAAAAGCUUUCAGUCGGAAAGGAUCAAUUGUGAACCUUUCUGUGACGCGGAUUCAGUAUGAGGAGUGAGUGUCGAAACUGGGAUCAGAUUGCGCUCAGGAGUGAUGCGAUACGAGGCAUGGAGUUGUGUUUCUCAUAGAAGUACUGGCGUAUUGGCUACCGGAUUACAUUGUGUCUCAUGGACGACGAUUGACUGCUGGCAGGCAAGUCUUUUUUUUACGUCGUAGUUAAUUUUUCCCUCUGGCAAGCGUUGUUUUUCGCGGGAUUUACCAUCAACAGCUCCCUGGCGAGUUUUCUGUUCGACAUUUUCGAUCGACCACUGACGAGGGAGUUUCUGCUGUCAGGUGUGGCUUUUGACAACGGAUGAGAGAAGUUUUCUACCUCGGAAUUACCACUGACGUCGGAAAAAAAUUGUUAUGCCCUGCAAUUGCUCACCAUUUUUCAACACUUGGGUUCUGAUAUGAAAUGCCCUCGGGGCGGGGGACUCACUUGAGUGGCGUGACGCCGAAUUUACCCUCUACUAACCCCGCGACCUUUCCCCGGCUCUCCACCCCGCCUACACUGGCAUGGGUGUGAAUUGUGUGCUGGGAUGAGCGCGUGCCAAACGGCGCAUGGAUGAGGAUACUCGGCACCUGCAAAGUGGAGGGCUACGCUAGCCUGAGCAUGUUGCGCGUGGAGGACCCGGCGAGGGACGACCGGAGGCGUUCCAGGACCUCCCUGGCCUCCAUCAUCGAGGACCUGACACAUCUCCGCAAAUCGCUGUUACGUCAGAAGUCAGAGGGGGAGAGCCAGCGAUCAUGGGUAGACAAGAACUUCCACAAACGGGAGUGUGUCAAGUUCAUCCCGUCUCACCGCGACCAUAGCAGGUGUUGCUGUGGCCGUAACGAGCACUGGCACGUGCAGAGGUGUGUCCCCCGCGUGGACCCGGCCAAGCCGGAGAAAUGGCACCCGUACAAGCACACCGAGUCCCGCGUCACCGACGCCUAUGGGACCAUCGAGUUUCAGGGUGGGCCUCAUCCAAGCAAGGCACAAUAUAUGCGCCUCAGUAGCCUGGAUACAAGACAGGAAAAUGUGCUCACUUUGCUUAUCAAGCACUGGGGUUUGGACCUACCCAAACUACUCAUCACUGUGCAUGGUGGCAUCUUGAACUUCGACCUCCAACCAAAGCUGAAAAGAGUCUUCAGAAAAGGUCUUUUGAAGGCAGCCCGUACCACGGGAGCUUGGAUUGUCACAAGUGGCACCAACACAGGUGUGACAAGACAUGUUGGAGAUGCUAUCAGUGACCGCACCACCAAGGCGAGGAACAAGGUUGUGGCUAUCGGCAUUGCCCCUUGGGGUAUUGUGGAAAACAAAGAGGAUCUCAUAGGCAGAGAUAUUGUCGUGCCUUAUCACUGUGUGUCAUCCACCAAGACCAACACGUCUGUGCUCAACAGCAACCAUUCAUACUUCCUGCUCCCAGACAACGGCACUGUGGGAAAGUAUGGCGGAGAGAUUCUCUUCCGCAAAAAGUUUGAAAAGUACAUUGCUCAGCAGAAAAUUUCUAUUGCCAAUGACUUCCGUGGUCAUGGUGUUCCUGUGAUCUGUGUUGUGCUCGAGGGAGGAGCCAACACCAUCCGCUCUGUGCUGGAGUAUGUCACGGACACGCCCCCAGUGCCAGUGGUGGUGUGUGACGGGAGCGGCCGGGCGGCCGACCUCUUGGCCUUCACACACAAGUACACCAUGGACGACGGAACGAUGGCAGAAUCUCUGCGAGAUCAGCUGAUCCUGACCAUUGAGAGAACCUUCCAGUACACCCAGGAACAGGCAGAGAAACUUUUCAUUGAGCUCAUGCUCUGUGUCAAGAAAAAAGAACUGAUCACUGUGUUCAGGAUGGGAGACAGAGAAGAAUCCAAAGACAUUGACCUUGCCAUACUGACUGCGCUCUUGAAGGGAACAACAGCCAAUGCCAUUGACCAACUGAACCUGGCCCUCACAUGGGACCGAGUGGACAUCGCCCGCAGUCACAUUUUUGUGUACGGCCAGGAAUGGCCCGAAGGGGCUUUGGAAGUGGCCAUGAUGGAUGCUUUGAUCAACGAUCGUGUGGACUUCGUGAAGCUCCUGCUUGAGAAUGGGGUCAGCAUGCACACGUUCCUGUCUAUACCACGCUUGGAAGAUCUCUACAAUACUAGACAAGGUCCGUCCAAUACUCUGAGAUAUCUUGUUCGAGAUAUCAAAAAGCAUGUCCCGUCCAAUUACCGCUACACCCUGCCAGACGUUGGUCAGGUCUUGCAGCACCUGAUGGGCGGUGGUUUCCGGGCGUACUACUGUCGCAAACGGUUCAGGCAGAAGUACCAGGCCCUCAAGCAGACUAGCAAAUAUAUAAAGUACAUUGGUGCGUCAGUGGGCAACAUCGUGACCUCCAUCCCUCAUCUGAUGAACACGAAGCCUGUGGAGGAACUGUUUCCUUAUCCCUUCCAUGACCUUAUGAUCUGGGCUGUGCUGAUGAAGCGCCAGAAGAUGGCACUCUUCAUGUGGCAGCACGGGGAGGAAGCUCUCGCCAAGGCCUUGCUGGCUGGGAAGCUGUACAGUGCCAUGGCUCACGAGGCAGAUCAGGACGACCUAGAGAUUGAGCUUUCUGAGGAAUUCAGGUCCUACGCCGGUGAGUUCAUGAAGCUGGCCCUGGAGCUGCUGGAGCACUGCUACAAGAUCGACGACGACUACACCCAGCAGCUGCUCACCUACGAGCUCAAAAACUUCAGUGAGCAGACGUGCCUGGGCCUGGCCGUCAUCGCCAACCACCGACAGUUCAUCGCCCACACUUGCUGCCAGGUCCUGCUCAACGACCUCUGGAUCGGAGGUCUGCGCAUGCGCAAAAACACCAGCAUGAAGGUAAGAUCAUUAUAACUGGAAGUGUUUAAUGCUGCCUUGCAUAUGAGUGGUU